GCUGAUACGGUGACGCGCACAGCGCUGCAGGACGGAGGCUGAGCGCAGCAGCGGCGCGGGGAUGAGGAUGGAUUAUAACCGAUGAAGAGAGAGGCGCAAUGAUGGGCUGUUCAUCACAAUAUGUGUGUUCGUGACAGCAGGACUGUUUUUUAUAUCUCUCAUGUUUAUUCAUGUGGGCUGGUGAAGUUCACCUGAUGCUGAGACGGAUCGUUCACUCAUAAGUGUACAAGAAAGUGAGCUUCCUCCAACUGAACCUCAAGGACAAACUCACGGAAUGUAAAUAUUAAUUGCAAAAAAAAAUAAUAAUAAUAAUCACUUUUCCAGCGUUACGUUUAAUACCGUCUAUAGCAAUUUUGCGCGCUUGUAGUUGAAGAUAUAUAUAGCCUAUAUAUAUAUUCUUUUUAUUUUUCUGCGUACAGAAUGCCAGCAGUAUUCUAAGCGGAUGGAUUUAACCUAUUUAUUUUAUUCUAAAAGCAAUGUUGUGAGAGUUGUGACGCGGAAAUGCCCGUUUGACGACGACUUGGAGAGAGCGAUGAACGAUGUGUGAGCGGAGCGUUGUAACGGUCCGCCAAUGACGGAAAGUUGACGAACAUUGUUUUUAUUUAUUUCUGUUUUCUUUCAUUAUUCAACAAAAUAACGUGAUGCUUUUAUUUAUAAGAAACGAUUUUUCUAGUCCUUACGUGACACCGCGACGCCUCGUUUAGUGUUUUCUGAGGGACAGCGUCUGGUGCGCGUUCCUCUGAGGUUCAGCGUGUAGUGUGCGUAAUUUUGAGGGUCAGUGGGUAUAGUGUGCGUUCUUCUGAGGGUUGAUGUUCUGCUGGCCGCUUGUGCUGCUUGUGAUGGGCUGUAUUCAGAGCAUCAGAUGCAAACCCAAGAGUUUCCGGGACAGCAUCGUGGUUCUGGAGGUGAACUCCUCCAUCGACUCGAACCCCACCAGCAUCGACGAGUCCUCUAGCGUGGUGCUGCGCUACCGCACGCCGCAUUUCCGCGCUUCCGCCAGGGUCCUGGUGCCACCGGUGGCCGGUAAAGAGAGCUGGACGGUCGGCUGGAUCCAGGCGUGCAACCACAUGGAGUUUUACAACAAAUACGGAUCCAAAGGGAUGUCCAGCUGGGAGCUGCCAGAUCUCCGAGACGGAAAAAUCCAAGCCAUCAGCGACUCAGACGGCGUCAACUACCCCUGGUACGGCAACACCACCGAGACCUGCACCAUUGUGGGUCCCACCAAGAAGGACACCAAGUUCACCGUCAGCAUGAACGACAACUUCUACCCCAGCGUGACCUGGGGCGUCCCGGUGAGCGACAGUAAUGUACCCAUGCUCAGCAGCAUCUGGAGGGACCAGAGCUUCACCACGUGGCUGGUGGCCAUCAACCAAGUGUCGGGUGAGAUCCUGGUUUUGCAGACGGUGCGCUGGCGCAUGCGUCUACACAUCGAGGUGGAUCCCGACAAGCCGCUGGGACAGAGAGCCAGGCUGUGCGAACCCAUCGCGCAGGAGCAGCCACAGGUGCAGGGGAAGAACGAAGCCAUCCCGCCUAACGCCAUGGUCAAACCCAACGCCAACGACGCUCAGGUGCUGAUGUGGCGGCCGCGGACGGGUGAGCCGGUGGUGGUUAUACCUCCCAAACACUGAGACCAAAGUGGGUCAGGAAUCACUGUGCUAAACGCCAUUGCAAAAAGUCGGAAUAUUACGUCUCAAACAGACGGAAAGAGUGUCGAUUCACGCUGCCUUAAGUUUACAUUGCUUUCACUGCAAAUGUUUCGCCUUAAACCGAGUGCAAUGCAGUAAACCUCGCAUGUCCUACCUGUCCAUAGAUUUGCACUGGAUGUGACCCAGUUAGUCGUGGUCUAACGGGACUGCGAUGACCGCCGCGCGCCCAACCAAACGAGGACAGUCAUUAUGCAUUCAGUGUUUUCAGCUGGAGCUUCAGUGUUUUAGUUUUGUCAACCAGCCACUUUCAGUAUGUUUUACAAAAGCAGAGUCCAAAAAUAUAUCUUUUCUACUACAUGCGAGUUUGCUGUGUCAGUCAGUGUCAAGACGUCGUGGCCAAUCCAUAGAGCAAAUACGCAAACAAUCCGUUCUCCUGGUGUUUGAAUGAGAUGCGUGUGAAAGGCUGCCUCUGCUCUCCUCAUCGAUCUGCUCCUCAAAUCAAACUCCAUCAGCAGAAGCUGCAGGGAGAAACGUGUCUUUGCCGAAUGAAUGUGCUGAGAAACUCGUGUCCAGGCCACAAUUCUGCACAAGAACUAGACAUUAUUUUCAAGGCAGUACUACAGAUAUUACAAUAAUGUACCUCAAAAGUUGGAAAUAUUUCAUAUUUUUAAAAGAAGUCUCUUCUGUGUAAGAAAGCUGCAUUUAUUUGAUGCAGUAAAACAGUGAAGUAUUAUUAAAAUUUAGAAUGACAAAAAGUUG